ACCCAGCGACCAGCGCUGACUCAACGGCCGCCCUGGGCUGAGGCGAGAGCUCGGAGGGGAAGUCACUUCCACCGAUUAUAUUUCUCUCUCCAUCAGGAACCGAACAGAGAUGCCGGGCUGGAGGAAGAGCUUCACUUCCUGCUUGCAGAAACUGCACGACGAAGAUGAUGGUCCUUACUCCAAGGGGAGAAAGGAAACGACAGCCACAGAGACAACAGUGUGUACAAGGAGGCAAAGCAUACCAGAGGAGCUGAGGGGACUUACAGUGGUGGAGCUCAUCAAGAAGGAAGGCUGCACACUGGGCCUGACGAUAUCUGGCGGCACCGACAAAGAAGGCAAACCGCGGGUGUCAAACCUGCGGCUGGGAGGACUGGCUGCCAGGAGUGACCAGUUGAACAUCGGAGAUUACAUCAAAUCCGUCAAUGGGAUUAACCUGACCAAAUUGCGGCACGAUGAGAUUAUCAGUCUUCUGAAGAAUGUGGGAGAGCGAGUGGUCCUUGAAGUGGAGUAUGAGCUUCCCCCUGUUGUGCCAGACAACAACGCAAGAAUUAUUCCAAAGACAGUGGAAAUCACACUGUACAAAGAAGGCAACAGCUUUGGUUUUGUGAUGAGGGGUGGAGCCCAUGAAGACUGGAACAAGUCCCGUGCGCUGGCGGUGACCCAUGUGAGGGUUGGUGGACCAGCAGACAGGGAAGGCACGUUGAAGGUUGGGGACAGAUUACUGAGUGUGGAUGGGAUUCCACUUCACAACGUGAGUCACGGAGAGGCAGCCAGCAUCAUGCGGCAGUGUGGCCAGGAAGCCAUCUAUCAGAUCGAAUACGAUGUCAACGUCAUGGAUUCCGUCAUCAAUUCUUCUGGUCCUUUGCUCGUGGAAAUCACCAAAACUCCAGGCUGCCCUCUUGGGAUAUCGCUGUCCAGCGGGAUGCAUUGCAACAAGCACGUCAUCAUCCUCGACAAGAUCAAAGCGGCCAGCAUCGUAGACAGAUGUGGGGCUAUGCACGUUGGCGACCAUAUCUUGUCAAUUGACGGCGUGAGUACGGAGCACUGCACCCUGCUGGAGGCCACCCAGCUCCUGACCAACACCUCGGACAACGUCAAGCUCGAGAUCCUUCCUGUGCACCAGAGCCGCCUCUCCCUAAAGCCGAUGGAGCAAGUUAAGGUUCAGAAGAGUGACCACCACCACUGCUGGGACCCCUGUGUCAACUACUGCCACACCUACCACCCAGGGCAUUGCAAGACACCCACCUGGAGUGCACCAACCUCCCUGUCUAACUCAGACUAUUGCAAAUCGCUGGUCCCGGUCAGCUGCUCUCCUCCCUCCUCUGGCACCUCAGGGUUCAGCUCCCAGAACACCAGCACUCUGUCGCGGACAGCCCAUCCAAUGAGCCCUCGAGCGACCAUGAUGAGGCGCAAGGUGAAAAGGAAAGAAUACAAGAGUUCGCUAUCACUAGCCUCGAGCACCAUCGGCCCAGGAGGACAGAUCGUGCACACGGAGACCACGGAAAUCUUUCUCAAGGGCGAUCCUCUCAAUGGAUUUGGCUUGCAGCUUCAGGGGGGAAUCUUUGCCACCGAACCUCUUUCGUCUCCACCGCUCAUCCGGUUUAUCGAUCCAGACAGCCCUGCGGAAAGGUGCGGACUAGUGCAGGUGGGUGACCGGGUUCUCUCCAUUAACGGCAUGGUAACCGAGGAUGGGACGCUGGAGGAGGCCAACCAGUUGCUGCGGGACGCGGCUCUUGCAAGCAAAGUUACACUGGACAUAGAGUUUGACGUGGCAGAAUCUGUUAUUCCCAGCAGUGGGACCUUUCAUGUGAAACUUCCCAAGAAGAGAGGUGUUGAGCUUGGCAUUACCAUCAGCUCAGCUGUAAGUCGGAAGCCCGGAGAGCCACUGAUCAUAUCCGAUAUUAAGAAGGGCAGCAUAGCACACCGAACCGGGACUCUGGAGCCCGGGGACAAACUUCUAGCCAUUGACAACAUCCGGUUAGAGAACUGCUCAAUGGAGGACGCCGUGCAAAUCUUGCAGCAGUGUGACGAGCUAGUCAAACUGAAGAUCCGAAAAGAUGAGGACAACUCAGAUGAGCAGGAAAGGACUGGUGCCAUAAUAUACAGCGUGGAGCUGAAGAGGUACGGAGGGCCACUGGGAAUUACCAUCUCUGGCACUGAGGAGCCCUUCGAUCCCAUUGUGAUCAGUGGACUGACCAAGAAAGGUCUGGCGGAAAGGACCGGUGCCAUUCAUGUAGGGGACAGAAUAUUGGCCAUUAACAACAUGAGCCUCAAGGGCAAACCUCUGAGUGAAGCCAUCCACCUUCUACAGAUGGCUGGAGAGACAGUCACCCUCAAAAUUAAGAAGCAAGCAGAUCGUUAUUUUUCAAAGAAAUCCAGUGCCAUGAGUGAGUUGAGUGAACCUGAUGAUGAGCUUCCUGAUUUACAGAAGACAAGUAAAUUCUCCAAGAUCUACUCAAACACCAUUCCAAGCAUGGAUAGUGCCAUGGAGUCCUGGGAUGGCUCGGGAAUGGAAGGAGCAUUUGGAAGCCAAAGUUCCUACCAUCAUCAGUCUGGAGGGGCUGUGCUACCACCUCAUGGGGAGCAGGAUACAAGCCGAAGGAGCAGCCUGCCUGCACAAAGCAGUCGUCGGAAGAGCUAUCCCUGCACAGAUGGUGCCUUCAGCAAGGAUGAUUGGGACAAGGCAGCUGGAUUCCUUAGCAAUCACAACGGAUCCGACCAAGACCAGGAAGACAAGUUUUGGUCUCAGGCCCUGGAAGAUUUAGAAACAUGUGGACAGUCUGAACUGUUGAGAGAAAUUGAGGCUUCCAUAAUGUCUGGAACUGAGCUGACUUUGGGAAUCGAAGGGCAUCUGUCACAAUCCGUGGAGCAUCCUGGCUUGGACAAGCUGCAGGCUGAGGGCUCCACAGCCGAGUGCAGUGAGGGCCAGAGUGAACACUCGCUGGCAACUGUGACGGCAAAGGACAAAAUACUGGAGUUGAAGAAGAUCAAGGAGGAGAUCAAAGAAAUAACGUUGCCCACUCCUGUGGAAUUACACAAGAUUACGAUCCAUAAACAAUCCGAGAAUGAAGAGUUUGGUUUCAGUAUUUCGGACGGCCUCUUAGAAAAAGGGGUUUAUGUGAACUUGAUACGGCCGAGUGGGCCAGCUGAUGGCAGUGGGCUCCAGCCCCAUGACCGGAUAGUGCAGGUGAACCAGAUCCAGACGGGAGACUUUGACAGCUGCCUGAUGGCGCCACUCAUCUCGGAGUGCGGAGGGCGGCUGGACCUGGUGGUCAGCCGCAACCCCCUGGCCAUGACCUCACGCAGCAGGUCGGAGGACUGCGAGGGGUCGCGGGAGUCCCGGCGGCUGUUGCAGCGCAAGGAGUUCAGGAAGAACACGCGGACACUGUGAGCGGGAGCAGCAGAGCCACACCCUCUCCUGCUGCCGGGCAAUUUCCAAUGGUGCUACUCUCCCUUCCGAUCGCCGUGUACCUGACUGCUGUCACGUAGCGCUCCCUAAUCCCAGCAACAGACGAGGAACGGCUCCGUGCGGGAAGAGUGAAGCCUCUCCAACAGAGACCACCACCAUCCCUAAGGACGACCAACCAUCCCGGGAUUAAAGUCUCCAGUGUACCUGGGAGAUCAGUCAGUGAGGCACAUACACACACGUUUACUAGUUAGCAAAAUAUUGGUGAGGAAGAAGCUUAUUUGACUGGAUGCAGUGAUGUGAGCAAAAGGUCUUCCUGCAGGUCCUCUGUGUCCAACUGUGGAGUGGGACGAGCUCUCUCCUCUCCUGUAUCUGCAAUAGGUUGCUAAUAAUACAAAGGUUUUACUUUAGUUAUUUUAUUCCAAGAUAUCUUUCCCUCCUUAGCCUCUGACUUUAAAUAAGCACUGGCUGGAUAUUUAAGUAGAUCAGCAACCAAUGGAUCAGAGUGUGGGACUGGGUCACCAGAUUAGGGCCUGCUGUCAGUGUGCAGGGAGGGUGGUUGCAGACCACUGACUGUAACUAAACCAGUAGUUAAUGUCCUUAGCUUGGGAUUAUUAAAGCUGCUGACUUGGUAUCCCCCAGGAGGCCAGCAACAUUCUGAAAGGGGUCAAAGCCAUAUCCGACCCAGUAUCUCUUCCGCUUAUUCACAGAGGUCGGUGAGAAAUCUCACCCUUCCCAGAUCCUGCAGGAUUAGCAGGGAAUCACUCAUCAGAAGGGAGGUAGGAGAACGUCGCAAGAGACAAUCUGAAUGGGAGCUCCAUUUGGACUGAAUGAAGUUGAAGCACAAUUAAUGCACUCAGAGAGGCCAAGCUUCACACUGUGAGGCUGAUGUGCUGGGUUUGUUUGUGUGUGUUCUUACAUGUUAAAUUAUGCAUUGUUUGUGUCAAAGAUGGCAAGAUUUGUUUUAAAAAUAUAUAUAAAUUGCACUUCUAUAGCAAGUUGAAAGCCAUUAAGAAUUAGAAUCAUCUCGACCCUAUUGUUUAGUGGUGGAAACCUGGCACUUGGUAUUGCUCAGAUAGUCGGUAGAUGUCAGGUUGGUCCACUGUCCUGGACUGCCUUUCUCUCUCGUUUGCCCAAAACUGUUAUGUCUUGCUGUGGUCCCAGGUUCCACGCUAUGGGACCAUUGCCCAGUCCCAGCUUGGUGCCUGUUAAAUCCUCACACCACUAGGUUAUGGGAUAAAAGGAGGUAUCCACUAAAUAAUUAUUAGAAACCCUUCUCAUAAGUUCAAGUGAUGGGAGCAGAAUUAGGCCAUUCGGCCCAUCGUCUACCUUGCCAUUCAAUCAUUGCUGAUCAAUCAUCCUCUCAACCCUUUUUUCCUGCCUUCUCCCCAUAACCCCUAACACCUGUACGAAUCAAGAAUCUUGCUCACCUUCAAAAUAAUUAUAGCCCUUCUUCAAUGAGCUAUUAUCAAACUAAAUGAUCAAAAUUUGACAAGUCGGAUUGUGAAUUGAUUCUUGAGUCGGUGAUUUAGAACAAUAUUAAUUGUCCUCACCCAAAGAUGACCAUCCUUUCACCACAUAUCUUGAACAUUUUCUCAACCUUGGAGAGGUCAUUUAAAAAUGGUGUGAAGAUAUUUCUUCUUGCAGGGAGGAGUGAAUCUCUGGAAUCCUCUUCCUUGGAGAGAUGUGGAGGCUGGAAUGUUUGGAGGUGUUUAAAGAUGAGGAUGAUAUAUUUGAAAGAUCAGCAAAGUGAAGAUUAUGUGGGAUCGGCACAAGGGGAGCAGAGACAUGAGGUAGAUCAGUCAUGAUUAUAGUGAAUAUGACGAUGGGCUUGAAGGGCCGAGUGGUGAAUCCUGAUCCUGUUGUGUACUCCAUUGUAAGUGCUGCUACAGUUGACCUCAGCACCCUGCUGGACAAAUCCAUCCCACUUCACCUUCAGGCCAUUCCCACACAAUAGCGCGGGUGAGCUGGGCUGUUAAGCCCACCGCAGUGGGAUAGAUCCCACACCAUUCCCUGUCACAGGCAAGAAUCAGAAACCUUCGAAAAAGAAAGUCUGGGCAGAGAGAGUGGAAAAGGUUGUUCAUCAGUGACCACACUCCAGCACUUACUCGCAUCAUAGUCUUUCCCACUUGUUAGUCCAGUACAGAUCAGCAGCCAUUUUGUCACUGUAGUUUCAACAAUGUCAAAGACUCUUUAAUCAAAAUGUCCUCUGGUACCAUCUCUGCCUGAUAACAGUGUGCCAUACCAUGUUGUUCAAAACCCAAGUUAUUACCGGGGAAGAAUUUAAAAAAAUUUCUUGAUGUUAAUCACCAAUAAUAUUGACUGAAACUAUUAAAAAGAUUAAAAAGGCUUUAAUAUGUACCCUGCCCUGUCGAGGGCAACAGUACCUAUUAAUGCCUUUGGAACUGAUGCAUCCUUAAACUUGUAUUUUUAAAUGUGUAAUACUGAAUGGUUUAUGCUGUAUGCCCUCGAUAUUAUUUUUCUAUGAAUUUUUCUUAAUCGCUUGUAAUAGCACAAUGUGACAGACUUAAAUCUUUUGGUCCCCAGUGGGAUAUAUUGUUAAUAUAUUUAUGUAUGAAAGGAAUUGCAAUGAAAAGGUUUUUGUAUUGCAAUAAAAAAUGAUGGAGGUU